AUGGCCGUGCCAAAAGAAUGGAAGCGGCUAUCCUUCCAAGAAGCCUUGGAACUACACCGGCUUCCAGACCCAACUUCCACAAUACAAGCCACUCAAAGGUUUAUGAGCCGUCAGCCGGCUUGGACUCCUGGCCAGGAGCUUCCAUGGGACGCUACAGGCAUUCCAAAGCCCAAAAUCACUAGAGGGGCUUAUGGAGCUGUCGUAUACACACAAGCGGCUCUCGCAGCGACUCGUGUGGUCGAACAAGAAGAUGAAAGUGAGAACAAGGAGAACAGAAGGGGCAUUCAUUCCAUUCAUGCAGUGUUCACCAACCCUGGACUUUCAGAUCGCCCAUUCAUCCUCGAUGUAUCAGAGAUUCAUUCAAGCCGUUCAUUCUCUACUCGCAUGGUUCAUGCUCGGCAGCCAAGUCAAUCCUCAACUAAUUUGUUGGGGCCAUUUCCUGUAUCAGAUUCCGAAGCGCCUCUUGCUAGCCCUUGCUUAACGAGCAUCAUCACUUUCAAACGACCAGUCCUGAGUAUCAACGAAGUCCAAGGAAUUCCGCCUCACGAGCGAUUCGGAGCAAUUCUUUCGUCAAGAAGGCCUGAUGAAUGGGACCCAUGUCCUCAAGCAGACGUCGACGCCUUGAAAGCCAAGUUUCCAAACGAAGGCCAUGGAGCAUUCCCUAUUCUGGACAUGUACAAAGUUGAUAUGUCCGCCUUCAACGCCGAUAGAUCAAUACCAGAGCGGAGAGAACUGAUAUACUAUCGUUUAUUAAAGCCUCUUCCCAGAGAAGAUGCUAAUGCACAUAUUCUAUGCCACGCAUUCGAAGCGGAUCGUAACAGUCUGUUCAUGCUCGGCAAUCAUCUUGGCUACGGCCACGAUCUAGGUAUUGCUGCAAGUCUGAGCUACUCAUUCUAUGUACAUGUCAACGCUGAAGACGCUGUUAUAGAAAGUGAUGGGUGGUGGAUACAAGAAGUCUCGUGGCCACGCUUCAGCGCUGGUAGAGGCGCAAUGGAGAGUUUGAUAUGGAGCCCGAGGGGUAAACAUGUCGCGACUGGCUACCAGGAUGGUAUUAUACUGCCGAUGACAACGAAGCCAGGUAGAGAAACGAAGUUGUAG